AUGUACUUGACUUAAGAAUGACAUCUGCUUUUCCCCAGUUGUUUAUUUACUAAACCACUUCAUAAAAAGAUGGAUCACAUAGUUUGGAUAGAUUUAGAAUUGACGGGAUUGGAAAUUGAAAAACAUAAAAUUGUGGAAAUUAGCUGCUUAAUUACUGAUAAACAGCUGAAUAUUAUAGCAGAAGGUCCUUUGCAAUGCAUACAUCAGUCAGAAGGUGAUUUAAAGAAAAUGAAUGAUUGGUGCAAAGAACAUUUUCAAAAAAACGGAUUACUAGAGGCUUGUAAAAAUUCAACUACCCGCGUUGAAGAAGCUGAGAAAACAUUGCUGGCAUUUUUGCAACAACACAUACCGAAAAAGGUUUGUCCAUUGGCAGGAAAUUCUGUAUAUAUGGAUAGACUUUUCAUAAUGAAAUAUUUACCAAAUUUAAAUGAAUACUUGCACUAUCGUAUAAUUGAUGUUUCUACAAUCAAAGAACUAUGUAGAAGGUGGAAUCCAGAAAUAUAUAAACAGGCACCUAAAAAAAAAUUGGCUCACCGUAGUUUAGAUGAUAUAAAGGAAACUAUAGAAGAAUUGAAAUAUUACAAAGAAAACUUAAUUAAUGUAAAAUUAUAAAAAUAAAAUCUAGUCAUUAUUAA